GCGACACCUGGGUUCGGGUCGAGUUGUUGACCUCAACUUUCGCGGCGCGCGACUCGGGUAUCAGUUUUUCCUCUGACUUGCGACUGACGACAACAGAAGACGCCCGGAACCCAGCCACUGGCGAGCUCAACCUCCGUGUGCACCCACGGCGACGGCCAUUCAUCUGUUAUUAAUCAUCAUCGACAGCGAGAACGACUUAUAGGUUACAAAAGCAGCUCAAUCGAUCGGCUGCAGUACGGUCGCAAAAUUGGUCGACAUCAUCGACAAAAUCAGUGACGAUACGGAUAGACCUAUCAACCCCAUCAAAGAACGAAGAGCGCUCUCCGGCCACCCAGUACAUCAUCGACAUCUUUCAACUUUCUUCACGAUCACCCUCUAUACUUCAACCUGAUUCUUCAACUCGACCAUGGCGACGACAACUGUCCUGACUCCGGUCAGGCAAACCGCCCCCGCCGCCACGGUCCAAGCGAGUCCCGGCAACUGGAGGCAUCCUCUACUGGCCGAAUUGGAGAAACGGCGAAGAAGGACUGUCUUUGGCGAAGAGAACGUGAGGCAGAUUGCAUACAACUCUUUGGCACUCUUCCUCAUCGAGGGUCUACGGGCAAUUUUGCAUCCUUACUUCCGCGUGGAUUUCCUCACCUUGAGCUGGAAAAGCUACGGUAGCUGGAUCUACGCCGCUCUCCUCCUGGUGCCUCUGGUCAACAUCGUUGUAGCAUUACUUCCGCUCUUCCGCCCGGCAGAUGAUUUUGCCGACAUUCCCCUGACGCCUUCCCAAAGGAAGCUUCUCGGACUGCCACCGACCGCGAAAGCGACCUCAGGGGCCACCGCCAUCAGCACACCUCCCAAGUAUUCCCGGACGCCAUCAAUGGCAGGAACGCCGGCUAGCAUGAGAACGGGCGGCUCUGCGCUGUCGAUGACCAAAAACGCUAGCUCGGAAAUUACCCUCAGCGAGCCGUACUCGCCUUCGCCCGUCAGCCCUCUGUUUCAGAAGGUUAUGCAAGGGAACAAGCAGUUUGCGGUGAACGCUUUCAGCCCGCUCGGCGCCAGCACGAUGAGCAACCCCUUUGGAUCGAGCAUCAGCAGCAGCGCUUUUGGUUCUAGCACAGGCAGCAGUGUGUUUGGCGAAGGUCCGGCCACGCCGACCCCGGCGUCUGGAAAGCGGUCGAAUGUGUCGAGUGUUACGCUGACCAACAAGUGGCUGUUUGAGAAGCGAAGGAGGCCGGAUUGCUGAUUUCUGCUGGUAUGUUCUCCUCAGGACUUGACGUUUGUUUUCUCACCCGCGCUUCUUCAACCAGUGGAGCUUUCUUCCUAUGUCGAAUAGAGAUAGCAGUAGCGCGAUGCAGCAGAGUCUGUGAUCACCACUACUUUACUUUGACGGGAUUUCUUCUGCAGUCUUCGAGGUUUUUCCAUUGUAUCUUAGCUAAGGUCUGGCGCUGAGAACGGUCUGUGUGGCUCUUCAUUUUCAAAAAGCGGCACGUUGAUAUUCAGUCAGUCAAUGAUGCGGGUUUCCGUUUUGGGGUGCAUCUUCUUAGCGAGAAGAGAACCAUUGAUCCAAGAUACCCAUUUGUUUCUUAUUUUAUCUUUAUCGUUUUUUAUCAGUCCUAAAAGUCUUCUUCCAAGCUUUCGAUAUGCCGAUUAUUACUAUGAGGGUAUGACGAGACCCCGUCUACUCGAUUACCCAUCGUAGGUGUGUGGGGUCAUUUCACUUUGCAUCGCUCUCUGUAUGGAUGGUUGGUAGGUAGUACAGAGUCUUUGUGUCGAUUCACCCAAACCUGAAGUUCUGCUUCGAUUUCCCUUCCUCUCAUUGUCACUUUCCCCAUGGUAUCAUUUGAGCACUCAAACACAGAAAUGGAUCAGCAUAAUUAACAAAAAGGCGUUCCUGAAAUUGUCCGCUUAUCAAAAAGUGUGGUUGUUGAAGAGAAUCCAUCUAAGCCCAAUCCCCGUUUUACAUGAAUACCCAAAUCACAUCAUUAGAACCUUUCCACCUUUCCUUCCUCGCCCCCCUUGUGCUUCACCCCCUUAUCACCGCCAACGCACCCCCUCGUCCACCCUAAGGACUCGGCGCUGGGCUCGGCGUAUUUACCAGCGUUUCCGGACUCUCGCCCUCCGACUGAUUCCUCGUCGGCAGGUUUAGCAGGUUAGGGUUGUUGUUCGACGGUGGUGGCGGCACACUAGCAGCAGCGACCGCUUUGCCCUUUUCCGGUUUCGUCGAUCUACCACGAUUCUUCUCCUCGUCACUAUCUUCCGCUUCUUCGAGGAUCGUGGAGGUUCCUGGGGCGAUGGCUACUACCACAGAGGGUGGUUUUUUGAGUCCAUUGUUAUUAUUCCCGCUGGAGGGGUUACCGCUGCUGCUAAUCACGUUCUCAUCGACGGGAGAAGCGGGGACGACAACGACUUUGUCCAGAGGGGCGAGAGGCCCGGCGGGACCAUGUUCUGUUGACGAAGGCGAAGGGAAGGAUGUUAGUGAGGACCCACCAACGGCAGUGGUUUGUUGUGGCUGUAGUUGUUGCUGUUCUUUCGAAGGCUCCUGCUGAUGGGAGCUCUCGGACUUUGCUGUCUUUAGUCGCGAAUCCCGCGCCAACACUUCCUUCGCCAGCCCCUUCACGCCAGCGACAAUGAUCUCGGGCCGCGUGAAAGCUAGCAAUCCUUCAGCGUGUCCUGAGACGCGCUCUUGGAAGACGACGUCAUAGACGGAAUUGCCCCAUGCCGGGCAGACGUAGGUGUGUUGUUCGGCUGAGCGGGCAGCGGCUUGGGCGCGGGACAAAGGGACUUGCUUGUUGAGGGUGGGGAGAGCGUCGCUUGAUGCUCCUGCAGCAGCUGUGGCUGUUGUCGUUUCGGUGGAAUCCUGUCCUGCUGCUGGAGAUCUACCGCCGUUGCUCCCCGUGCCCGUGAAGACUGUUAUCGCGACCUUGGGCUUCUUCCCGCUCAAUUUGCUCGCGCUACUUUUUUCACCGUCAUCCUCAGGAUAGGCCGCGCAAUGCGCCCAGUACCUCAUGGCCGUCUCCGGACCGGGUAACCACAACAUGUUUGUCAGCGUAAUGAUCUUCUCAUGCGUGAAAAAUGGCGAGGACAAGGCUUUUUCAUCCAACCCCAAGGCACGCA